AUGCAGAGGAAGGGGGUAUGGGCCCCCUGCCCAGCUGUGCAGGGGAGGGUGGGAUGGGACUUUUCCAGAGAGGGAGCCAGGCCUGGCCUGGGCCCCAGGAGCUCACGUCACCCCCACCCCUCACUUCUCCAGGGAACUGCCAAAGCCAAACCCGGCCCAGGACAGGAUUAUGUGUACUGGGUAGACCCGCAGAGAGGAAGCAAGGAGAGACGGGGUGGCAGAGAGAAGCAGAAGCAGAGAGGGAUUAGAGAAGGGACCCGGCAUGAGAAGGAGCAGACAGUGACCCCUAACUCUCCUUCCCUUCAACCUCAAGUAACAGAGUCAGACAGCCAGCUGAAGGUCUUGGUGGAGCUCAGGCCCUUCUCCAGAGAAUCUGAUUUCUCACUCCUGUCAGGGCAGACUUGGGGACUUCAGUGCCAAGCCCAACCUGGGCAAGAAGUGGCCUUUAGCAGUCCCUUCCCCAAAUCCAAGCAGCCAAGCCGGCCCACCUCUGCAAUGACUCCUUGGAUUCCUCUCCUGGGUGCCUUUCAGAUCCAACAGAUGGUUCUUUUUUUCCUGGAAAGCAGAAGUUAGAGUAGGAUGAGGCGUGCACAGUUCCUCAUCCGAAUGCCUGAGUAG